GGGGGUGGGAGAUAAAGCACCUCUUUCCAGUCCGCAUUCUCACGAGCUGGGCAGGACGCAAAGCAGGAGCCUUUGUCUGACCCGUGUUCUGCAGCAGCAUCCGUCUGAACCCGGUGAGUGUCCCUGAUUUGGGUCGAAGGGGUUUCCCUGGGCAGUGGGGAGGGUGCACCGGAGGCCUCUGCAGAUGAUCUAAAUUGGGGACACCCCCUCCCCACACCCAGGUCAGGGAGCGGCGCGCCUUGAUUUCUUCUGCACAGCCAUGAGGAGGCGGAGAUUUUAAAGCCGAUCUGCAAGACUGAGCUGCACCAUCAAGUUAAUCGGGCACCGACACGCGUCUGCGCCUUCACACGUGACAACAAAGGCGCGAGGCUCCGGUGGGAGCUGAGCGGGUCGCAUUGUUAGGAAGGCUCUUAGGGGGUGUCGUGGCGCGCCGCUUCCAGACCGGCAAUCCUGCAUCCGUGCAGGUGGGAGGCAUGCGAGAGGAAAGCAGCCCGACCGGUUCCUUUGUGAAGGCAAAGUGAAUGGCCUCGGAUCUGCAAGUGCAAAGAGGUUGCCAUGGAGACCAAUGCGUGGGAUGGGGGGGGGAGUGCGCCUUCUCAGGUGCAGAACAAUGGGUCAACGUGGGUGGUCCGCUUAGGUGAGCUGGGAGGGGAGCUGCUGGAGGGAAGAUCCCCCUGGAUCCCAAAUGCUCAGGUUGCAUCAGUGUGGAAGGAGAGACAUUGGUUGCCCCUGAACUUGGGCAGCAAGAAACCUGGGCACACCCGGGACAGGGUGGUGAUGGGAUUUGGCAGGUUUCAAAUAGCUCUUGCAACGUUGCACAGAUUUCGGAUACAACGCAAGAUUACAAAUUAGAUGGACUUACAAUAUGCAGUUUUAAAAGUUACUGGUUUUCCUGGGGCCACCCUCCUUAUGGGAAUGUUUCUGUCCAGCAUUUGUAGGGUUAAAGUGGGGCUCAGGAACCAUAGAUGAAAAAGACAGGAUGAUUUAUUGGGUUGUAUUGGAGGAAAUACGAUUUAAAAUUAUGAUUUAUACGGAUCGAGAAAGGAAGAUUAAUUUGAUUCACCGGGGAAAUGUCAGGUAAAUGUCUAAACAAGAAUGGGACAUGCAGAGCUGGCGGGAAAAGGAAUGAAUGGGAAAGUAUUAGAAAUUAAGGAAAAGUGUUUUACUAUGAGCAGCAAAGGAGGGAGGGAAAAGAAUCCUAUUUUUUUAGGGGGGGGGAAUGGAAAGUCAAUUGUUAAAUUGGUGUUAAAGUCCAAAUUGAUUUGUUGUUAAUUUGUUUUAGAAUUUGGAAAAUUAAUUGGAACUUAAUUGGAAAUAAAAGGAACCAUAGAUGAUUACAGUCUUGCAUGGUACAUGAAAGUAAUGUAUCAUGAUUGUAAUGUAAAUGAUGUGGCUACAUUUUAAUAUUUCAAUAUUUUAAUGUCGUAUUUUAAUUUUGUUUUUAAGCUGUAUUAAUUCAACUUGUUUUUAUUAUUGCUUGUUAGCUGCCCUGAGCCCAGCCUUGGCUGGGGAGGGCGGGGUAUAAAUAAAAUUUAUUAUUAUUAUUAUUAUUAUUAUUAUUAAUGGUGGAAUGCAGCUGGCGGGCUUGGAGAAGUGGUGUGUUUUCCCCAGGCUGAUAAGAAAGGGACAAACACAGCAAAUCAAAGGGAGAAAUAAGCUUUAAUCAGCAACGUGGGUUUUAUGCAGGUGAAAGAUGGAAGAGCAAGAAACGGAUGCCGCUGAAACAGGAAGAGGCACCGAUCCCAUCAAAAGUGAGAGCAGUGAGGGGUUCUGGGAAAGGAACACACAGGGGAUCCUGAAUAAAGAGGACGCCCUCAGCUCAGAUGCUCAGCACCAGGAUUUCACCAGGAUCCGCUACCAGGAGGCCAAGGGACCCCGAGAGGUUUGCAGCCGACUCCACCAUCUCUGCCAUCAGUGGCUGAAGCCGGGGAGACACACCAAGGCUCAGAUCCUGGAUUUAGUGAUCUUGGAGCAGUUCCUGGCUGUCCUCCCCCUGGAGAUGGAGAACUGGGUCAGGGAAUGUGGAGCAGAGACCAGUUCCCAGGCGGUGGCCCUGGCAGAAGGUUUCCUCCUGAGUCAGGCAGAGGAGAAGAAGCAGGAAGAGCAGCAGGUGAGAGCAUCUCAAGGUCUUGUGUUGGCCUUCAGGUGUUUUUGAACUAAAUCUCUCAUUGCCCCUGAGCAACGUUGAGGUGGGAAAAUUGGCUACUUCUGGUCCAGAAAGUCCCAACAGACUCUGAAAGAGAGGGAGGGCAAUAUUACGGCCAAAAUGGAGUGACUUCAAAUAUGGAUUCCUGAAUAAUAUGCAGUUGAAAAGGUUGACAACAGGGAAUAAUAAUAAUAAAAUAAUAAAUUUUAUUUAUUCCCCGGCCAGAGCCAGGCUCAGGGUGGCUAACACCAAUAAAAUUACAGUAAAAACAUAAUAGGAAAAAACUAAUUUAAAAUGCAGGUUAAAAUGUAAUUUAAAAUGCAGCCUGAUUUUAAAAAUAGCCCAUAGAUCAAAAACCGUAAGGGGAGGGAAACAUAAGGGUCAGACUGAGUCCAAACCAAAAGCCGGGCGAACAGCUCUGUCUUGCAGCCCCUGCGGAAAGAUGUCAGGUCCCGCCGGACCCUAUUCUCUUGGGACAGAGCGUUCCACCAAGUCGGGGCCAGUACUGAAAAGGCCCUGGCCCUGGCUGAGGCCAAUCUAACCACCUUGUGACCUGUGACCUGGGAAAGGUGGGAAGUCCAGAGAUUUGAAGGAAUCUCUAAAUAUGGAUAUGUAUUUUGUUUUGUUACGAUUUUAUAUUUGUAAAACCAAAUAAAAAUUAUUUCAAAAAAAGAGAUGGAGGGAGGGCACAUCCUCAAAACCUCUACUUUAAUUCACCAACAUUCUCUGGAAAAUCUUCCAAGUACUGCUCAUGUUUUCCCCUGUGUCAUUCUGUUUUCUAAUACAUCUCCCCAUUCAAUGUAUUCCAAUCCUCAUCGCUGUUUCAGGUAAAGGGUCUGCUUGCAGAAAUGAGUGAUUUCCCCGAUGCAGAGAGAUCUCUGUUGGAUGUCAGAGAGAAGCCACUGGGUAAGGAUCCAUCGGCUGUGUCUCCAUAUGGUCUCCCUCUGUUGGUUUUGAAAGGGAUCCGUGGCCUUUUUUGAUCUGGCGAGGGAAGAGACUUCAGUGUGCAUGCAGGAAGUAAACAACUACAGUGGUACCUCGGUUUAAGAACAGUCCUGUUUAAGAAUGAUUCGGUUUACGAACUCCACAAAACCAGAAGUAGUGUCCUGGUUUGCGAACUUUACCUCAGUCUAAGAACGGAAUCCGAACGGUGGAAGGGCACCUCAUUAGGGAAAGCGCACCUCAGUUUAAGAACAGUAUUGGUUUAAGAACGGAUUUCUGGAAUGGAUUAAGUUUGUAAACCGAGGUACCACUGUACAGUGGUACCUCAGGUUAAGUACUUAAUUCGUUCCGGAGGUCCGUUGUUUUUUUUAAAUGAUAUUUAUUAAAAGUUUAGCAUUUACAGAAAAAAAGAAAAAAGAGAGAGAUUAAAAAGUUACAAUACAAAACAUCAAAAAACAAAACAAAACAAUACAGCACAACAAUAUGGGAAAAAAAGCAAAAACAAAAACAUUUUAAAAACACAUCCAGUAUUUCCAUAUCCUUAUCUUUCAUUUACUUGUUUCAUCGACCUCCCUUUUUUGUAUUCUAAUUCAAUUUAGCUGUUUCAACAAAUCCUUUCCCUCUUUCUCAAUUUUUGUUGUAUAAAUUACCUUAACCCGAUCUGACCUUAAAUUUUACCUUUUGACCCAUUAACAACCCAUUUUUACUUAGUUCUUAAUAACAUUUCUGCUAAAACCAUGUAACUUCAUUCCAACAUCCUUCUAACAUUCAUUAAUUUUACUAUAUUUUUGUAGAUAUACUUUAAAUUUUUUCCAAUCUUCUUCCACCAACUCUUCUCCCUGGUCUCGAAUUCUGCCAGUCAUUUCCGCCAGUUCCAUGUAGUCCAUCAGCUUCAUCUGCCAUUCUUCCCUAGUGGGUGGAUCUUGUGUCUUCCAAUGCUUUGCGAUGAGUAUUCUUGCUGCUGUUGUGGCAUACAUGAAAAAAGUUCUAUCCUUCUUUGGCACCAAUUGGCCGACCAUGCCCAGGAGAAAGGCCUCUGGUUUCUUCAGAAAGGUAUAUUUAAAUACCUUUUUCAUUUCAUUAUAAAUCAUCUCCCAGAAUGCCUUAAUCUUUGGGCAUGUCCACCAAAGGUGAAAGAAUGUACCUUCAGUCUCCCCACAUUUCCAACAUUUGUUAUCAGGUAAAUGAUAGGUUUUUGCAAGCUUGACUGGUGCUAUGUACCACCUAUAGAUCAUUUUCAUUAAAUUCUCUUUUAAGGCAUUACAUGCCGUAAACUUCAUACCAGUGGUCCAUAACUGUUCCCAGUCAGCCAUCAUAAUAUUAUGUCCAACAUCUUGUGCCCAUUUAAUCAUAGCCGAUUUCACCGUUUCAUCUUGAGUAUUCCAUUUCAACAGCAAGUUAUACAUUCUUGACAAAUUCUUAACUUUAAGGUCUAACAAUUCUGUUUCCAAUUUUGAUUUUUCUACCUGGAAACCUAGUUUUUUGUCCAUAUUGUAUGCCUCCAUUAUUUGAUAAUAAUGAAGCCAAUCUCGCACUCUAUUUUUUAAUUUUUCAAAACUCUGCAGUUUUAGUCUAUCUCCCUCUUGCUCCAGAAUUUCCCAAUACUUCGGCCAUUUGGCCUCCAUAUUGAGUUUUUUCUGAGCCUUUGCUUCCAUCAGUGACAGCCAUCUCGGGGUUUUAUUUUCUAACAGAUCUUUAUAUCUUAUCCAGACAUUAAAGAGUGCUUUCCUGACAAUAUGGUUUUUAAACGCUUUAUGUGCUUUAACCUUGUCAUACCACAGAUAUGCAUGCCAGCCAAAUACAUUAUUAAAACCUUCCAAAUCCAACACGUCGGUAUUUUCAAGAAGCAUCCAUUCUCUCAGCCAACAAAAAGCGGCUGAUUCAUAAUAAAGUUUAAGGUCCGGCAGGGCAAAUCCACCUCUUUCUUUGGCAUCAGUUAAUAUCUUAAAUUUUAUACGAGGCUUCUUGCCCUGCCAGACAAAUCUAGAGAUAUCUCUCUGCCACUUCUUGAAACAGUCCAUUUUGUCCAAGAUUUGCAAUGUUUGAAACAAAAACAGCAUUCUUGGCAAUACAUUCAUUUUAAUCACAGCAAUUCGGCCUAGCAGAGCACGAUUUCUGUUCUCAUUCUGAAGCAAAGUUCUUAACCCGAGGUACUAUUUCUGGGUUACCAGAGUCUGUAACCUGAAGUGUAUGUAACCCAAGGUACCACUGUAUCUGACUUUUAGAAGACAUCUGAAGGCAGCCCUGUAUUGGGAAGUUUUUAAUGUUUGAUGUUUUAUCAUGUUUUUAAAUAUUCUGUUGUGAGCCGCCCAGAGUGGCUGGGGAAACCCAGCCAGAUAGGCGGGGUAUAAAUAAUAAAUUAUUUUUAUUUUUAUUGAGCAACAGAGAAGAAUGUCUGCCAAUGCCCAUGUCUGCUUAAACAUGCUUUCAUUCGCCUCUGAGAUAAGCAUGAGCCAAUGGCUUCACACAACCUAUGUCUCUCACAGGUGAUGGGAUGAUGUGGAGAAGAUCUACUCAGACAUCUCUUCUCUGGGGAAGAGAAGGAGCUGCUGCAGAACCAGAUCAGGUAGGGCAGGAGUGGGAGAACUUAUUCAGAGUGGGGGCUGCAUCUACUCUGUGAAAGAUUUGGGGUUUCACAUGCCACUGUUGGGUGGGACCAGAUGUAAAAAUGGAUGAAGCUAGUUUGUAUAUACCAGUGGUGGCGUACCUAUGGCACGCGCGCCAUUGGCCCAUCCGCGCUGUUGUUUUGUUGUUUUCUUCUAUUUCUGCUCCUGCUCCUUCCCACACUACUGCGUGCGUCCGCUGCUUAAACCCGGAACUCUCCCCCCCCUUUUUUUUCCUUUUGGUCAGUAGCUGGUGAUUAUGUUCCGCAAUUGGUCUAUUUUUCUUUUUUCUUUCCUUUUUCAAAAAUUUUAUUAAUUUUCCAAAUUUAUAACAAACAUCAAAAAACAAACAAACAUAAAUCCUAACUGUAAUUCCACUUUUGUUAACAUUUUUAGGUGACUUCCUCGAAUCCCCCUACCUGAGGUGUGGUGGUUAAGAGCGGUGGACUUGUAAUCUGGUGAACCAGGUUUGCGUCUCCGCUCCUCCACAUGCAGCUGCUGGGUGACCUUGGGCCAGUCACACUUCUUUGAAGUCUCUCAGCCCCACUCACCUCACAGAGUGUUUGUUGUGGGGGAGGAAGGGAAAGGAGAAUGUUAGCCGCUUUGAGACUCCUUCGGGUAGUGAUAAAGCGGGAUAUCUAAUCCAAACUCCUCCUCCUCUUCUUCUUCUUCUUCUUCUUCUUCUUCUUCUUCUUCUAUGUAUAUCAUUGUAACAGUUUUCCAAAACUAAUUUCUCAUAAAAUUCACUUAAUCAAUUAACAUCUUUCUUUUCAAUUUAACUUUAGAUAUAUUAUUCUAGAACAUCAUAUAUUUAAAUCCUAAGCCAAUCUGGUACUUGCAAGUGUUUCUAUUUAAAUUAUGCUGUAAUCUGUUCAGAUUGUGCUGAUAAAAUAUCACGGGUAGAAUUCUACAGGGUGUGUUGUUAGUGUGUGAAAAGAGUGAUCCAAGGAGCCCCAGGUAUGCACUUCCAGAUGGGGGAGACAUCAGGCAUCAUCCUGGCACCUGGGCAUCUUCACUUGGUCGCAAGUGCCUGGUAGGAAGGUGCAAAUAACAAAAUGUUUUCUUUUUCUUUCAGGGUCCAAUAUCUUUUGAGGACGUGGCUGUGUGGUUCACCGAAGAGGAGCGGGCCUUGCUGGAUCCUGACCAGAGGGCUCUGCAUAACGAAGUCAUGGAGGAGAGUGUUGGGAUCCUGGCAUCUCUCGGUGAGGCUCACUCUUGGAUCUUAAUAUAUGCUUCAGGAGUCAGUAUUUCUUUAUGAAAUGAACAGGAUGCGGGUGGGGCUGUGGUCUAAACCACUGAGCCUCUUGGGUCGGCGGUUUCAAUCCCCGCGACGGAGUGAGCUCCCAUUGCUCUCUCCCAGUUCCUACCAACCUAACAGCUCGAAAGCACACCAGCACAAGUAGAUAAAUAGGUAUCACUGCAGUGGGAAAGUAAACGGCAUUUCUGUGCACUCUGGCACCUGCCAUGGUGUUCCGUUGCGCCAGAAGCGGUUUAGUCCUGCUGGCCACAUGACCCGGAAAGCUGUCUGUGGACAAACACCGGCUCCCUGGGCCUGAAAGCAAGAUGAGUGCCACAACCUCAAAGUAGCCUUUGACAGGACUUAACCGUCCAUAGGUCCUUUAUCUUUAUUUCUUCAUGGAAUGAAAUUCACUAUUCCGAGGUGGGUCAACAGUGGCUCUCCUGCAGUAUCUGAGCUUUCUAUUCCUCUGCAAUUAACCUUGAAUAAGCACGUACCUGUCAUUUUCUCCCUCAAUCUUCCACUCAUGCCUUUCUAAACCAUGGCUUUUGCAAGUGGAAGUGUCAGGUGUCUGUUUUUUGUGUGUGUUUAGGGCUUUGGGAAGGCAAAUCCAAAGCUCCCCUCUUUGUUUACACACACACACACACGUGCACACAUACAAUUUCCUAGAAUGGGGUGGGAAGGAAGUUUCUGGGAAAGAAGGCUCAGAAACUCCCUUGUACAGCUGGAUAGACCAGGGUACGGAAGGAAGAUCAUUGUAAUAAUAAUAGUAAUAAUAAUUUAUUAUUUGUACCCCACCCAUCUGGUUUCCCCAGCCACUCAGGGCGGCUCCCAACAGAAUAUAAAAACACAAUAAAACAUCAAACGUUAAAAACUUCCCUAAACGGGGCUGCCUUCAGAUGUCUCCUAAAAGUCAAAUAGUUGUUUAUUUCCUUGACAUCUGGUGGGAGGGCGUUCCACAGGGCGGGUGCCACUACCGAGAAGGCCCUCUGUCUGGUUCCCUGUUACCUCACUUCUCACAGUGAGGGACUGCCAGAAGGCCCUCUGAGCUGGACCUCAGUGUCCGCGUUGAAGGACGGGAGUAGAGACGCUCCUUCAGGUAUACUGGGCUAAGGCCGUUUAGGGCUUUCAAGGUCAGCACCAACACUUUGUUGUGCCUGAUAGCAACCUAUUGUAAUUGACAGGUUUGGAGAGGGGGCUGAGGGCUCUUAAAAUAAGUUACUCCAUCAGUGCCAGCUGCAGAGGCUCUUCUGUUCCUGCACCCAUGAUGAGCCGCUGUGCAUAACACAGAUAAGACUUUUCUCCAGGCCACUGUGUUACCCUGGUGGAAAUGGUGUAAACCCCUGCCAUCGCUCCCUUGAUCAUCCAAGCUUGCAAAGCAACAAGUAUCUUCAAUAUCAAGGAUGAGAGUCUAGGGGUCUCUUUCAGGCAUGGGGGUCAUAUUCAAAAAGGGUUCCCCGUUUCCAAAGCUACCCUUAGUGAGAAAUGGGGGUCUGUGAAGUAUAAUUAGUUCCAGCUAGCCCAAAUCCAGCCAUUCCAAAAAUGAAUAGUAAGUAGGUGCACGAAUGAUAGUUCUCAAACUGGGUUGGGUCGAGUGAGAGUGAUUGGCCCAAGACCAGACAAUGAGAUCCAUCCCUGAGUUGGAAGCUGAACUUAGGUUUCUGUGGUUUGAAACCAAUACUCUGUAGCACACCUGCUGCGUCAGGAGAGCUAGUUAAAUGUGUAAAGGUAAAGGGACCCCUGACCAUUAGGUCCAGUCAUGGCCGACUCUGGGGUUGUCAUCUCGCUUUAAUGGCUGAGGGAGCCGGCGUACAGCUUCCGGGUCAUGUGGCCAGCAUGACUAAGCCGCUUCUGGCGAACCAGAGCAGCACACGGAAAUGCCAUUUACCUUCCCGCUGGAGCGGUACCUAUUAAUCUACUUGCACUUUGAGGUGCUUUUGAACUGCUAGGUUGGCAGGAGCAUGGACCGAGCAACGGGAGCUCACCGUGUCGUGGGAAUUCGAACCGCCGACCUUCUGAUCAUCAAGCCCUAGGCUCUAUGGUUUAGACCACAGCGCCACCCGCGUCCCAGUUAAAUGCGUACUUCCAUCUAUAUCCACUCAGUUUUGCCUUUAUCCUAAGUAUGGAAGUUGUUAAGCUAGAUAAGGGUCUGUUUCUUCCUUAGGCUCUUAUGAGUUUCUCAAUUCAUUGCAGAAUGUGAUGAAUCAGAAAUGAAGAAUAAGGAAGAACUACACGGAAAAGAGACCCAGGGCCGAGACAGCUGUAGGAAGCGAGAAGAGCAAAGGAGGAAAAUCGAAGCAGAAAAGAAAAGGAAGACGCCUCUAAAGGACAGUGGCUUUUAUGCAACCUCAGUCCAGGAAAAAACAGAUGACAGAAAGCCAUGUGGUAACUGCCUCGUUCAAUGGGAAAGUCUUGGUUCAAAACACCAAUGUAAAUCCUACUGCAAAAAUUACAAAGGGGAGCAACCGCAUAGAUGCUCUGAGUGUGGAAAAGGGUUCAGAGACAGUUAUAGCCUUUCUUGCCAUCAGAGAAUUCACACAGGAGAGAAACCAUAUAAAUGCUUAGAAUGCGGAAGUAGCUUCAGUAGCAAGCAAAGACUCGUUUAUCAUCAAAGAAUUCACACAGGGGAGAAACCGUAUCAGUGCCUGGAAUGUGGAAAGAGCUUCAGAGAAAAGUUUAGCCUUUCUUCUCAUCGAAGAAUUCACACAGGAGAGAACCAAUAUGAAUGCUUGGAAUGUGGAAGGAGCUUCAGUGACAAUUCUACCCUUUCUUCUCAUCAGAUAAUUCACAAGGGGGGGAAACCAUAUAAAUGCUUGGAAUGCGGAAAGAGUUUCUCUCAGAAGUUACGUCUAACUAUUCACCAAAGAAUUCACACAGGGGAGAAGCCAUAUCAGUGCUUGGAAUGUGGAAAAAGCUUCAGAGAAAAUUCUAGCCUAGCUUCUCAUCAAAGAAUUCACACAGAGGAAUAUAAAUGCUUGGAAUGUGGAAAGAGCUUCAUUAGUCAUUCAAAACUUACUCGGCAUCAAACCAUUCAUCCCGGAGAGAAAUCAUAUCAAUACUUGGAAUGUGGAAAGAGCGUCAUUAGUCAUCCAAAACUUACUCAUCAUCAGACAAUUCAUACAGAGGAGAAACCAUAUAAAUGCUUGGAGUGUGGAAAGAGCUUCAGACAUAAUUCUACCCUUUCUUCGCACAAAAGGAUUCAUACAGGGGAGAAACCAUAUAAAUGCUUAGAGUGUGGAAAGGGCUUUAGUCAGUGCUCCCCUCUCACUCGCCAUCAGAGAAUUCACACAGGGGAGACACCCUAUAAAUGCAGUGAGUGUGGCAAGAGCUUCAGUCGGAAGGUACAACUCGGUUUUCAUCAGAGAAUUCACACUGGGGAGAAGCCGUAUCAGUGCUUGAAAUGUGGAAAGAGCUUCAGAAACAAUUCUAGUCUUUCUUCUCAUCAGACAAUUCACACGGGCAAAAAGCCAUAUAAAUGUUUGGAAUGUGGAAAGAGCUUUACUUUAAAGAUGAACCUCAAUACCCAUAAAAGAAUUCACACGGGGGAGAAGCCGUAUAAAUGCUUGCAAUGUGGAAAGAGCUUAAGCAGCAAGGACAGACUCGCCGACCAUCAAAGAACUCACACUGGUGAGAAACCCUUUAAAUGCUUGGAAUGUGGGAAAAGCUUCGCUGCGAAGAUAAAUCUCACUACCCACAAAAGAAUUCACACGGGGGAGAAACCCUAUAGAUGCUUGCAGUGUGGAAAGAGCUUCAGUCAGAGCCACCAUCUCACUUACCAUCACAGAAUUCACACUGGGGAGAAGCCGUAUAAAUGCUUAGAGUGUGGGAAGAGCUUCAGAAACCGUACUAGUGUAAUUUACCACCAGAAAGCGCACACUCCAGAGACACAAUAUAAAUGCUCAGAAUGUGGAAAGUGCCUCAGUCAGGAAGCGGAUCUGGUCGAUCAUCAAAAAAUGCACACCCAGGAGAAACCAUAUGUAUGUGUGGAAUGUGGAAAAAGCUACGCUCUGGAGAAUUGUCUUAGAAAACAUCAAAGAAUUCAUACAGGAGAGAAACCAUAUAAAUGUGCUGAGUGUGGGAAAAGCUUCACUGAGAAGUCAACUCUCACGACACACCAACGAGUUCAUACGGGAGAGAAACCCUAUAAAUGCCUGGAGUGUGGAAAGGGCUUUAGUCAGUGCUCCCCUCUCACUCGCCAUCAGAGAAUUCACACAGGGGAGAAACCCUAUAAAUGCCUGGAGUGUGGAAAGGGCUUCGCUCAGAGUUCCCAUCGCAAUCUUCAUCAAAGAACUCACACAUCGAUGGGCAGCGUAUGGGAGCAGCUUUCUUCAGAUCUCCAGCCUUUAUUCCCACCAAAAAAUCCAUACAGCGGAGAACCCAUAUAAAGACUUAGAAUAUUAAAGGAGCUUUAGGAGCAGUUCCUUCUUUCCGCAAGAAGAAACCAUAUAAAUGCUUGUAAUGCGUACGGACAGGGCUUGUGCCAAGACACUUUGUGGAGGAAUAUUUUAAAAGUGCUUGAAAGAAGCUUCUGAAGAAGCAGAAAUUUCCAUUAUCAUCAAAUAAUUUACAGUGGUGGGGGGUCAUAUCAAUGCUUAGAGUGCAGGAAAAGCUUGAGUAAGAAAAUGCAGCUCCCAUCUCAUUGAAGAAUUCUCAGAGGGGAGAAUAAGCAAAGAAUAAAGUUAGUAGGUUCCUCCAGACUUGUUUACAGAUAACAAGGAAGCAAGAUUUGUGUGACUCCUGCUCCCAUCUUAUGCUCAGCCUGUAUAUUUGUGUAAAUAAAACAUAUCCGAAAGACA